GAAAUGAGGAGAGUGGCUCUUUUCCUCCUGGCUGCUUGAAGAUCAGCCGCCAUCAUGAAUGACACAGUAACUAUCCGGACUAGGAAGUUCAUGACCAACCGACUGCUUCAGCGGAAACAAAUGGUCAUUGAUGUUCUUCACCCUGGAAAGGCAACAGUACCUAAAACAGAAAUUCGGGAAAAACUGGCCAAAAUGUACAAGACCACACCAGAUGUCAUCUUUGUGUUUGGAUUCAGAACCCAUUUUGGUGGUGGCAAGACAACUGGCUUCGGCAUGAUUUACGACUCCUUGGAUUACGCGAAGAAGAACGAGCCCAAACACAGGCUUGCGAGACAUGGCCUGUAUGAGAAGAAAAAGACCUCAAGAAAACAGCGAAAGGAACGCAAGAACAGAAUGAAGAAAGUCAGGGGGACUGCAAAGGCCAAUGUUGGUGCUGGCAAAAAGAAGGAGUAAAGAUUCUGCAGUGACUGUAUCUGUGGUGCUUGUGCAGAUUUUUCAUGAAAGAAUAAACUAAGACCUUUUCCAUGAAAAAAAAAAAAAAAGAAAU